UUCAGUACCUGUUGGCGAUGGUUAAACUUAGAGGUGAGAUAUACUCUGCACACAGAGUGGAGUUGAGCACAGUCACCACAUGGGAAACAAUCAAAAACUUUUAUCUAAAUAUGACAAAUGCUCAUCUAAACAAGUCAUCUCAUCCUCUUCAAAGUUGCCAAAUUUGAAGUGGAUCAGAUCAAGUGUAGCUGACGCAGGCAAAGAACCAACAAAAAGGCAGAUUUUAAAAAAUAUAUGUUAAAAAGCUGAGCAGAAAUUUGUAGUAAAAAUCUGUCUGUCUAUUCUUUGUUUCAGAAUAAGGACGUUAUCCUUCUGCCAUCCCGUUCUCCCCAUCACGCAUUUCAUAACGCCCACGCAGGAUCUGUUUUUUUUAACGUCUAGCACAACCUGUCUUCCUCUCCCGGAGGGGAAAUCCCAACAAACGAGGGCUGUUACAGGGGAGUGGUUUGCGCCAACAACAAAUUAAAGUCAUCCAGAGCUUGAGCUUUCAGUUAUAUGCAGGUGUUCAGUAACAAAGCACAGGUCUUGAUCCUGCAGAUGCGCACAACUUGACAGACACACCUCAGUAACCCUGUGUAGGAGGAAGUCAGUUGCGGGGCAUUUUGUGCUGCAGUUGUUCCUUGUUUCUGAUCCUGCGUUGACAAGCAAAAAGGUGAGCCAGCUGUACAUGUUUCACUAUCACACACCUGCUGUUUGUUUGUUUUUCAUGAAAUUUAUUGUGAUAGGCAGUUUACCCUCCAGGUUGUGUGUGUGGAGGGAGCAGCAGAGAAAACUGACAGAGAACGCUGGCUGAGAAUCAGUGAAUGACUCCGUAAACAUGCUGGAUUCUAGAGGGAUUGAAAUCUCAGGAGGCCAGACUCUGCUGGCCGCUCACUUCAGUUCGAGUUUCAGAGGGUGCUCAUUUGCUGAUGUGAAGCCGCCACCGGUGAGAACCGUGAAGCAAAUGCUAAUGAUGAAACGUAAAAAUCUACAGAACUGCUCACAGGACAACUACAAUUUGGAGCACAAACGCAUGUCUCCAAAAUACGAAACUUCUCCCACUGGCGUGAAUCAUCAUCAGUUAAGCCCUCCAGCGCCUGUCAGUCAAAAUACCACCGCCCUGUUUCCAACUGCUGCUCCUGAAAAUGCUCCAAUGAAACAAGAGUUUCUCAUAAAUCAACAAAUGCAGUACGGCUUCGAGUAUCCACCCCUGCAGGAACAAAGGACCCCGUCUCCUGAAGCCAGGAUGACCUUGUUUGAAUGGCAAAUACAGCAGGAGGCACGCAAAGUCGAAGGAAUGUCCCUAGAGCAGCUGUCCAUGCAGGACUCAGAUGGUGACACAUUCCUUCACAUAGCAGUAGCAAAAGGUCUGCGUGCUCUGGCUUAUGUGCUCUCUGCAAAAAUGGCCGGAUCUGGCUUUCUGGACAUUAAAGAACACAACGGGCAGAGCCCUCUCCAGAUCGCGGUUGCCACCAAUCAGUACUUAAUUGUCCAAGACCUCAUGGCUCACGGAGCUCAGGUCAACACGAGAGACUCCUGGGGCCGUGCUCCUUUGCAUGUGUGUGCUGAGAAAGGCCACUAUCUCACUUUGCAGAGCAUCUGGAAGGCCUUAAAAGGAAAUAGGGAACUGAUCGAUGUAGAAGUGUUCAGUUACGAUGGUUUGACUGCUCUUCAUUUGGCCGUCUUGUCUCACAACACUGUUGUGAAGGACCUGAGGAACCUGCAAAAUCCCUGCAUAUUCAUGACCACAGAGCUGGGGCAGCGGAAGCGCAUGUACUUGGAAUGUAUCAAGAUUCUGCUGAACAUGGGCGCCUCCUGUGGGACAAAGGAUCAGAAAAGUGGACGGACUUCUCUCCAUAUGGCUUGUGAGGAGGCAAAUGUGGAGCUGCUGAGGAUUUUUCUUGACCAGCCAACAAUGCUGUCCAUUGUAAAUGUUAAGACGUUCAGUGGAAACACAGCGCUGCACAUCGUCAGCUCUCUGGCCAAUCACAAUACUCAAGCCGAAGCGGUGAAGCUGCUUAUGAGAAAGGGAGCCGAUCCCGGGGUUAGGAACUUAGAAAAUGAGCUGCCGUCUCAGCUGGUACCUGAAGGUCCUGCUGGGGAAAAGGUGAGGCAGAUCCUGAAAGGAAAACAUGUUAAUGCUUAAAUAAAGCUGAAGAACACUGUCAGUCAGACAGUUGAGUAUGAUAAAUAUGAUUUGCCAAACAAGGCAGAUGGUGGUUGUUUCAGUGAAACAUGUCGAGUUGUUCAUUACAGUGUAAUGCUUAAAAAAAAGAAAAAAGAAAAAAAUUGUACUUAUGUCAAAUUUUUUUGUUACUUUUAUCAAGUAGGAUCAGUGUGAUUAUUCUCUACAGGUUUUUAGCGUUUAGAAAGGAAUCUUGUUUUUUCUUUUGUUUUUUAAUUUUUUAAUAUUUUAGCACCAAGUGAAAUCCUUUUGUUAAUGCAGUGGAAAAUAUUUACCCAUCUCAUCAAGAGAUAGUACUUUGAAAGGUAUCAAAUGAUUUUUUUUUUUUUUCCCUGGCAUAUUGAGCCAAAAUGUAACAAGUGGUGCAUCCCUAAUCAAAUCUACACUUAAUUUUGUAAGUUUAAAUCUUUGUAAGAGUUCUGAUCUUAAAUAUCUAAUGUUUUGAUAAUGAUGUGCAAAAUGUUAUGUGGGGAAAAAAAAAACACUGAACCAACUUUUUUUCUAACUAUGUAAUUACACUAAUGUGUUGUUUUUGUCUUCAUGACUGUGUUAUUGUAAAGGUAACUAUUGUGAUGUGUGAAUUGUCUUGUUUUACAUUUUUAGUUAAGUUUCAACUUUAUCGUUGUAAAUAGGAGGGGUGAUACAGAAUUCUGGGACUCUGCCUCAUAUACUUAAUUUGGGCAAUCAUCUGUUAAUGUCUUAUGUGUGUCUGCAACACACUGUGGGAAAACCUCCAACUCCAACUUUGAUUUAAUUUUGGAGAACUGGACGAAGUCACCUGGAGGAAUAUGUGGCUAAUAUGGUGGCGAAUCCCAGAAUAUUUACCACAAUUUCUAAUUUUUUAAACAUUUUUUUUAAUGUUACUGCAUGUGAUUUGCGUUUUCUCAGUACUUAAAAGUAAUGAAGUACACAAAGCAUUUUAUAGUUUGUUGCUGUUAAUGAUGAAAUGUCAGAAAUCCUGUACAGAGGGGAAGGUGACGGUUACAAUCUGUCCAAGAACUGAUUUUCUUCAAACAAUGAUGUAAUCACUGUCAAAUAUAAAUAUAGAAAAAAACAAGCUGGACAACAAUAAAGUCUCUUGGUCUUAGCAA